GUUUUUGUAAGUUGUUGGGGUGGGUUAAAACCCGCGCGCAGAGCUAUAAUUUUAUUCCUGGAAAAUCGUCGUUGGCGCUGACCGCGUCGCACUGCAAACUUACCGUACGCAAACGAAAGUAUUAGCCCUUUGUAGCCGGACAACUGUCAAACGGAUUUGACUGACACAAGAGCAGUGAUAUUAGCAGCGCAACGGAAAGCAAUUAUACGACAUCAAAAUGUUCUCACGACCCAGCUUAUGUGGAACUGUGAGUAAAUUGUGCCGAUGCGGCACUUCAGCAACAGGAAAGACUGCUGUGGCAGCAGCAACAGUUCCCACACCUCGCCAUUAUCAUGAGGUGGUGGGCGAUAUCAUCUGCCCGUCUCAGGUGCGCGGCAUAGAUCACAUCCGUGAUCCGCGACUCAACAAGGGCCUGGCCUUUACGCUGGAGGAGCGCCAGACUCUGGGCAUCCAUGGACUGCAGCCAGCGCGUUUCAAGACGCAAGAGGAGCAGCUGCAGCUCUGCAAGAUCGCCGUGAACCGCUACACGGAGCCGCUGAACAAGUAUCUCUAUCUGAGCGAUCUGUACGAUCGCAAUGAGCGUCUUUUCUUCCGCUUCCUGUCGGAGAACAUCGAGGAUCUGAUGCCCAUUGUGUACACGCCGACGGUGGGCUUGGCCUGCCAGCGCUUUGGCCUGAUCUACAGACGUCCUCAUGGUCUGUUCAUCACCUACAACGAUCGCGGACACAUCUUUGAUGUGAUGAAGAACUGGCCGGAGCCGAAUGUGCGUGCCAUCUGUGUGACGGAUGGCGAGCGCAUCCUGGGACUGGGAGAUUUGGGCGCCUGCGGCAUGGGCAUUCCCGUGGGCAAGCUGGCCUUGUACACGGCUCUGGCCGGAAUCAAGCCCCAUCAGUGCCUGCCCAUUGUGGUGGAUGUGGGCACCAACAACAUCGAUCUGUUGGAGGAUCCCCUGUACGUGGGUCUGCGUCAGAAGCGAGUGGUUGGUCGGGAGUACGACGACUUCAUUGACGAGUUUAUGGAGGCCGUGGUGCAGCGCUAUGGCCAGAACACUCUGAUCCAGUUCGAGGACUUUGGCAACCACAAUGCAUUUAGGUUCCUGGACAAGUACCGCAACACCUACUGCACCUUCAACGACGACAUCCAGGGCACCGCAUCCGUGGCCGUAGCUGGACUCUAUGCCUCCAAGCGUAUUACGGGCAAGUCCUUCAAGGACUACACCUUCCUGUUCGCAGGAGCCGGUGAGGCCGCCAUCGGCAUCGCCGAUCUCACGGUCAAGGCCAUGGUGCAGGAUGGUGUGCCCAUCGAGGAGGCCUACAACAGAAUUUACAUGGUCGAUAUCGAUGGUCUGCUGACCAAGAGCCGCAAGGUGGGCAACCUGGAUGGCCACAAAAUCCACUACGCCAAGGACAUCAAUCCGAUGUCAGAUCUCGCCGAGAUUGUCUCCACCAUCAAGCCCAGUGUGCUUAUUGGUGCUUCGGCUGCUGCCGGCAUUUUCACACCGGAGAUCCUGCGCACCAUGGCGGAUAACAACGAGAGGCCCGUGGUGUUCGCCUUGUCCAAUCCCACCAGCAAGGCAGAAUGCACUGCCGAAGAUGCUUACAAGCACACGGAUGCUCGCGUGAUCUUCUCGUCGGGCUCUCCCUUCCCACCGGUCCAGAUUGGUGACAAGACCUUCUACCCUGGCCAGGGUAACAACGCCUACAUCUUCCCAGGUGUUGGCUUGGGCGUGAUCUGCACGGGUACUCACCACAUACCCGACGAAAUGUUCCUCAUCGCCGCCCAGGAGUUGGCCAACUUCGUGGAGCCCAGCGACAUUGAGCGCGGAUCGCUGUAUCCUCCGCUGUCGAGCAUCCGCAACGUGUCCAUGAACAUUGCCGUUGGCGUGACCAAAUGUGCCUACGAUAGAGGCUUAGCAUCCACCUACCCGGAGCCACAGGACAAGCGCAAGUGGCUAGAGAACCAGCUGUACAACUUCAACUACGAGAGCUCGAUGCCCGCUUCCUGGGUUUGGCCGCGGAUGCCCUACAUUAAGACUCGUGAUUUAGUCCCCACAAAGCUCUAUGGAAAACAAAAGAGCGAGGAAGUAAUGUAAAUUAUCGAACCCCCUACAAACCGACCGCCUAGAACAAUUGGCUAGACAGCAGAGCUAACUGGUGAGAACAACCCAAACAAGCAAACAACCAAACAGCCAACCAUGCAACCGAUUCCACAUGUAAAACAACUUAACUCGCUGCCGUUAACCACCACCAACUAUCUAAGUUAGAACACUAUGCUUUCCCUUAUAUCUGUAGAUAUAUUCGAGCGACGAUUAUGUUUGUUGUUUAGCCAUGUCUGAUAUUUAUUAACGCAAUUAAGCAGCUUUGUUAUAAUUUAUUGUUAAAAGGUCGAGCCUAAUGUAUCAGUACCUAGAAAUCCUACCCCUUAUGAUCGAUCGGACCGAUUCAGCCAUUGUACCACUGACUAGAUGAUGAUGAUGUGCGAUACACAAUAAAACGAAAACACAAGUUAAA